UUCCUGUUUCAUUAAGUCAGGAAAAUAUCUCUGACAGCUUCCUAGAUAUUCCUGUUGCAAAGUCGCAAAACAGAAUUAAUCAGCCAGAUUGUUGUGUUAGUGAUUAUUGAGACAGCGCUUUCGAAAUUUUCGCCUUUGCCAAACGAAUAAUAUUAGAGUGCAGCUGUAACUCAUUUCUACAGCAAUGAAGGGACCCAGCUCAGAAACUGAAGAGGUGGGGGAAGCCAGUUCAUCACCUGACGUCACCGAUACCGAAGAGCUGCCACCAUAUCUGCGUGAGGAGCCACCGGAAGAUCUGGAGAAGGACCACCCCAAAGCAGAGGCGGGCGUAAUCUGGAGGGUGACAGGCGGGCUCUUCAACAUGACGAGGGGCGCGGUGGGCGCCACCCUGGGAGGCGUGGCCUGGGUGGGAAGCAAGAGCUUCGAGCUGACCAAGACAGCAGUAACGAGCGUCCCCGCGGCGGGCGUUGGCCUGGUCAAGGGCAGCGUCUCCGCGGUAGCGGGAGGCGUGGGAGCAGUGGGAUCAGCGGUGGCCAGCAAAGUCACACCAAAGAAAAAGGACAAAUCUGACUAGGCCCACAGGCCGCUCUAGGGUUUGUUUUUUCAUUUGUUUGUUGCAAUAGGAAUAUCUAUCUGGUCACUAAAGGGAUAUUUCUGAGGUUUGGUACAUGACACAAAGAAAGUAAGGAUGACAAAGUAAGGAUGUGAACCUCGGUGCUUGCGGUGCAGUUUCUUUGGGGGGGGGGGGGGCGGGCGGGCGGUGGUUGGUCUUUGGGGAUUUGGUGUGGGGGUGUUGCGGAGUUAAGCACGAUAAACAUGAUGUAGUCUUUGAUCCCUGAAAGCAGGUGUGAUAUCAUCAGCACCACUUGACUGCAGACUGGGAUUUAACAACAAUUACUUUCACACAGAUAAAUGUCGGCAAAUCACCCUUUAACCUUGGACCAAACUGAAUUGUACAGCCAGAUGACAGCAUUGCAACUGAUAUGCUUUUCAGUCUGUUAUUGAAGAUAAUGUGUGAAUGCUUUAUUCACAUCCUUGAAGAACCAUGGCUCUAUUACUCCCUGUUGCUCUGCUGUCUCUGGCGACUACUAUAGAAAUGGACCAUGUCAAGAACACUAUUGUACAUAAAAGGAUCACGUUCAUUCCGUUUUACUGAACAUCAGUGUUUUUCUGAAGCUUUUGAAUAUGUGGAGAAAUUGAUGGAUUUUACCAAAGUUUAGACCUAAUAAAAAACUCACCACAAUCACCACACAAAAAAGUGAUUCGAUUUCAAAAAGAAACAAAAUCUUUUUCCAUUACACCUACUUUUUCAAGAUGUACUAAAGUGGCGAUUGUGAUUUUGUUCUUUUUGAAUUGUACGUCGCAGUUUUGAUUGGCGGUGUAGGCCCUAUAUAACAGAUUCCAAUCAGUAUGUCAUCUGUGUCGCUGCGUGAAGUUUCCCCGUGCAUGCAGAGGAUCAUUUCAUGCGGAGUGCGAUAAAACCUUAAACAAAAGAAAUGCACAGCGGGCAAAGAAAAGUACAGUUGAUGAUAGGUUCACUGGUCUCUGAGUAAAGGAUGUCCAUCAGCUGUCGACACUUAAAUAUAGACUUUUCGCUUUUAGUGAUGAGCUGACUCGGGAACUAAUUUCUCCUGGGCGGUGUACUCUUUUACCGGUGAAAUCAGUCGGCUGUUGUCGGAAAAUGAGCACUUAUCAAAAACUGGCUUCGCUGUAUCUGCAAGCUGUGGUACUUCAGAAACAGUACGCAAUUUCUUCACAUAGGGACUGGUUCAGAAAUAGUGUGUAAAAAAAGCCAUUAAAUGUGGUGGAUUGAAAGAGAAGGCCCAAAGAUUAAGGACGAUGAACUAUGAAGAAAUGAACAGCAGUAUUGACUGCAGGGUUGGUGUGAAACUGAUCACGCUGUUGCCCUCUUAUACAGUGAAUCUAGGGAAAACAGAGGAAAGAGGGGGCUUUUGUGUUAGUUAACAGUUAGCCUAAUUAUGACAAUAAAAAGCAUCAGUACGAUACUGUGAUGCAUACAAACUGCCAGGAGGUCCUGAAUGGUUUCAGUGCAGCACCGUGUCAAUGUUGAAUUAUGUGCAGGGUCAGGUUUGGGGUAUCAGUGUUUACGUCAUGCCCUUGCAUUAAUGUAUGUUUACGUGCCUAUGUAGACUAGAUGGAUACUGAGAUGUGCUGCAUUUCCCAAGAGUUUAAUAGAAACUCAGAGACAGGACAGCUGUUACUAUUUGCAUUUAUUAUUCUACGUGCACAGGCUUUCUCAUUUAAAACAUGCAUUUAUUUUCUUGUUACAGUAUACCCUGUCAUGCUAAAUGCUGCAGAUCGGAGCUUUUUUUUUUGUUUCUGGUUUUUCUUUUUAAGAUUUGGAACAUGAAUUUCCAGUCUUUUACCAUACCUGUGUGUAUUUAAAGAAAUUACUGUAAGUUCAUUAGGAGUUUCAAAUGAAAUCCCUUGCUUGGCAUGGUAGUUGUGUAUGCUAGUGCACUGCAUGCUUCAGGCUGUAGUUUCCCGUAUUCAAUGUGGUAUAACUCUACUUCUUUCUUUUUCUCUUGGUUUUUUUAUUCAUUUAUUAUGCACAUUAGAUUCUGGUAGCAAUUUCCUGUAUCAGAGGAUCUGUUGCUGUAAAUUGGACUUUGAAGACAGUUUAGAUUUUGUCUAUUAUAGAACUAUUUUUGCAAACUUGAUGCUGUAUUCUAUAAAUAAAGUAACUGUAUUUUAAGAAUCA